UUUUUUUUUUUUUUUUUCAUCAUCUCGUCUAUCAGCAGGAUGAAAUCCAUUCAAAUUACCUGUUUCAUCAUCUUCAAUUUCCUAAUUCCAUCGCUUUCACUUUCCGAGGCUGCCGCCGGCGACGGUGGAGCCUCCAUAGCCUUCGCCACAGUGGGAAGAACAAGCUACGCCUUCGACAUCUACGCUCUCUCUACUUCCGGAAAUUCGAAGGAAAUCCGCCUCACCGAUGGUAAGUCUGUCAAUUUCAAUGGCUACUUUCCGUCGCCGUCGUCGGUCUCGAUGCUUCCUACCCUACCGGACCGAUCCGACGCCGCGGCGUACCUUGUCUACGUCACGGAGCGCAACGGAGGAUCGGAGAUAUUCCUUGACGCGCUCUACGGCGCGUUACCUCGCCUCGGGAGGUCGAGGUCUAUGCUGGAAGUUGAAACUGGAUCAGCUAGGGUUCAGACGCUAAUCGCCGGCGACGAAGUCUCCGGCGGCCAGGUAUCGAUGAAGGAUAAGCCGAGUCUGGUUGGGAAUCAUUUAAUUUACGUCUCGACUCACGAGAAUUCCGGCAAGCCAAGGACGAGUUGGACUGCGGUAUACUCGACUCACCUGCCGACUAGAUCGACACGGAGGCUGACGCCGCGAGGGGCGGCGGAUUUCAGCCCCGCCGUGUCGCCGUCGGGAGUCUGGACGGCGGUCGCUUCGUACGGGGAGACCGGUUGGACCGGCGACGUGGCGGAACUCGGAACGGAUAUUUAUGUGUUCCUGACUCGGGACGGUUCGAACCGGGUUAAAAUAGUCGAGCACGGCGGGUGGCCGAGUUGGGGGGACGAUUCCACACUGUAUUUCCACAGAAAAUGCGACGACGGUUGGUGGAGCGUUUUCCGAGCGACUAUAGACACCGGACUCGGUGUCGACUCGGUAGUGACUCAGCGAGUCACUCCGCCGGGUAUUCACGCGUUCACACCAGAAGCUUCCGCACUUAAUAAGAGCUUCAUCGCGGUAGCGACCCGACGACCCGGAUCCGAAUACCGCCAUAUUGAAUUAUACGACGUCGUAUCGAAAAGGUUUACUCCACUGACCCAAUCUGUUAACCCAAACGCCCACCAUUACAACCCGUUUCUCUCACCCGACUCCACCUGGGUCGGGUACCACCGGUGCCGGGGCGCCUCCGGCGACGCGAACGGCAGUAAGUUAGUCUUAGAGAAUAUCCGUAGUCCGUUGCCGCACACUUCCUUAUUCCGGAUCGACGGAUCGUACCCGUCUUACUCGCCGGACGGCAGCCGGAUCGCCUUCGUUAAGUCCCCGGGUCUGUUCGUGAUGAACAGUGACGGGUCGGGCGUGCGGGAGAUUUUCAGCCAAACCGCCUUCGCCACCGCCUGGGACUGGAAACGAAACGGCGUCGUUUACACAAGCACCGGCCCGACCUUCGCCGCCGAGAGCACGGAGGUCGACGUAAUUUCCAUCAACGUCGACGACGACCACCCCUCCCCAAAGCAGCUCAGCCGCGGCGGCGCAAACAACGCAUUCCCCUCGCCGUCGCCGGACGGCAAGUGUAUCGUGUUCCGGUCGGGCCGCUCGGGGCACAAAAACCUCUACAUCAUGGACGCAUUGGAGGGCGAGCCGGCCGGUCUGCACCGGCUCACGAACGGUCCAUGGACCGACACAAUGUGCAACUGGUCACCGGACGGCGACUGGAUCGCAUUCGCCUCCGAUAGAGAGAACCCCGGCGGCGGGAGCUUCGAAUUGUUCAAGAUCCACCCGAACGGUACGGGACUCCGGAAGGUGCUCCAGAGCGGGCUAGCUGGUCGGACCAACCACCCGUGGUUCAGCCACGACAGCAAGUACAUUGUACUCACAUCAGACUACGCCGGGGUAUCCGCGGAGCCGAUUUCGUACCCGCACCAAUACCAGCCGUACGGGGACAUAUUCGUCAUAAAAGCUGACGGGUCGGGUAUUCGGAGGCUGACCCAUAAUUCGUACGAGGAUGGGACGCCUAGCUGGAGCCCAAAGUACACAAUCCCUGAUGACGUGGAGUGGCCUGAGAGAGUGUCCAAAUGCUCGUUCGACGAUUGCCAUUGGCUGCAGAUAAGCAACGGUAAUAACGAGCAUAAACUGGUUCAGUGUGGGCACAUACAAAAACACAAACACUAGUUUUAUGGCUAUGUAAUUUGGGCACACACUGCACUUAUUAUGUUGUCCGUUUAUAGAGAUGCAAUAAAUGUGGUCCUUUUGUAAAA